AGUGCCUGGAUGCUCCCAGCUUUCAUGUUCUCUGGUUUUCCAUGGCAGCUCCCGGCCUCGAGAACAUGUCCUGGAAGGAGCAGGAGUGUGUGAGUCCCCCCUCAUGUUUCAUCCAGCACCUGGACCACCUUGUGCUGACUGUGAAGAGCAUCGAGGACACUGUGGCCUUUUAUUCCAAAGUGCUGGGCAUGGAGGUGGUGACUUUCAAGGGAAAUCGCAAAGCUCUACGUUUUGGCAACCAGAAGUUCAAUCUGCACGAGGUUGGGAAGGAGUUUGAACCCAAGGCUCGGUGCCCAGUCCCUGGCUCUGCAGAUAUCUGCCUUGUCACACAGGUGCCCCUGGAGCAGCUGCUGGAUCAUCUGAAGGCCUGUGGGGUGGUUGUUGAAGAAGGUCCCGUGGCCAGGACUGGUGCUGUGGGUCCAAUAACAUCCAUCUACUUCCGAGACCCCGAUGAGAACCUGAUCGAGGUUUCCAGGUACUGCAGUCAGUGAGGGGGAACUGUGACCUCAGCCCAGCCUCUGCCUGGGUCCCAGCAGGAGACAGGAGGCAGGGCCCAGCCUUUGGAUGACCAGCUCCAAUCUUCUCCUUCAUAAACCUAGAACAAGUCUCCAGUCCCAGCCAUAAAAGUAGGGCUGCAUGGACAUCGAGAGUUUUCCCAAGGCAGAGUUUUCCUGCUCGGCUUCCACUCCUGGGAGCGAGUCCUGCUUUUAUACAUCACCAUCAGUGGAGCUUUCAUGGCCUUCUGGGAAGAUCUGUCCUUCUGCUGCUCAUGUUAGGGCAUUUUUCCUAAGGUCUGGCAGCUGAAUCCCCUCAUUCCUACACCAUGAGCACAAAAGAACCUGCCAUUCCUCUUCUCUUCAUGGUCACUUUGACAUGGGUGGAGGUUUCUGCCUCCCUUCCUCUCAUCUCCUGCCCCUCUUGUCUCAGGCCAGUGGUUUAAAUCCAGCUGUGAGUGUCCAAACACCUUUUUGUCUGGGAAUUGGGAACUUGGCCUCAGUGUCUGACACUCAAACACUCCUGGAAAUGAAGCUCCAUCCUCCUACUCAGCUCUGCAUCAAGAGCCACAGGAUUCCUGACUCCAGGGAUGGGGAAAAGCAGAGGUGAGGUGGGGGUCUAAAGUCCUGGAUUUAUGCAGGGAUGAGGAGGAUGAUCCACUCUGACUCUGACUGAUGGCACUUGUGGGACUGCCCUAAGUUUUCUACUUCCUUUGGUCGUUAAAAAAAAA